UAUCCUGGCUGUGCCGUUGCUGUAUGUGGUGUGCUAGUUAGCUAGUUUAGCAAUGUAAUGCGAUAUAAAAGCAUAGACCAUAUUUGAAAAUAUGCUACACAAACUGUAAGAAUCUCUGAGAGGAAAUUCUGAAAGGACUGUAGCCACAAGAAAAAAAAAUCCGUAUGAAAAUGUCUAUCGCGAAGGAGCCGACUCUUAAAGCUGGCUCUUUUGUUAAGUGAACGUUAGGAGCCGAUUCGCGCGUCUAAAAAGCCGUAAAACGCCCUUCUGCUGGAAAGUCUCUAACAGGCAGAAAAUAAAGUUUGUUAAUCGAAAACAAGCUUUGUGCAGCAUUAUGCCUCGACGAAAGAGAACGGCCUGCAGCAGCUCUGAUGGCACGGAGGAUUCGGAUUUCUCAGCCGAACACACGGACAGCUCGGAGAGCGACACUCACGCAGUGAAGACCACUCGCCUCACACGCUCCUCGCUCCGACUCAGCCAGAGCUCUCAAGCCGAGGUGGUGGAUUUUUCAGCUCGCCGUGUGACCCGUAGCCAGCGGCAGGAGGAGCCGGUCCCGCCCAAAAAAUACCCUCUGCGCCAGAACCAGCCGGAGAGCGAACAGCAUGGCGAGGUUUCAGACCGGGUGUCAGAUGUGAAGCGGGAUGAAACUCCUCCCCGCACUCCCACCGGCGUGGCGCGCUCCUCUGAGUCUGAUGCUGAUGUCUCCAGCCCCAAUGCAUCCCAAGACGAGAGGCUAGCGAAAGAACUGUCAAUCAAAGAGUCAAGCCACGCCCAUCGGCCUAAACGCCGCCGCUUUCACGAAAGCUACAAUUUCAACAUGAAGUGUCCGACGCCGGGCUGUAAUUCACUUGGCCACUUGACCGGAAAACACGAGAGACACUUUUCCAUCUCUGGCUGUCCGCUUUAUCACAACCUGUCAGCCGACGAGUGCAAGGUGAAGGCAAGCUCUCGUGAUAAACCUGUGGAGGAGAGGACGCUGUCUCAGAGCCAGGAUGAGAACCGACACUCCACACGCCAUCAGAUCCGCUAUAAAGAGAAAGUGACGGAGAUGAGGAGGAAAAGAAACUCCGCUGCAAUCAAGGAGCAGAAAGAUAAAGACGCAGAGGACACGCAGAGCCCCAGCUGUAACCGUGAGCCGCUGCUGGAGAACAUUACGAGUGAUUAUGACCUGGAGCUGUUUAGAAAAGCGCAGGCACGUGCCUCGGAGGAUCUUGAGAAACUGCGUCUCCAGGGUCAGGUGACGGAGGGCAGCAACAUGAUCAAAACCAUCGUGUUCGGUUGUUACGAGCUCGACACGUGGUACCACUCGCCAUACCCGGAGGAGUACGCUCGCCUCGGCCGCCUCUACAUGUGCGAGUUCUGCCUCAAAUACAUGAAGAGCCAAACCAUCCUCAGGCGACACAUGGUGAAGUGUGUGUGGAAGCAUCCACCUGGAGAUGAGAUCUACAGGAAAGGCGCUAUCUCGGUUUUUGAAGUGGACGGCAAGAAAAACAAGAUUUACUGUCAGAACCUGUGUCUCCUCGCCAAGCUCUUCCUGGAUCAUAAAACUCUGUAUUAUGAUGUGGAGCCGUUUCUCUUCUACGUGAUGACCGAGGCAGACAACACGGGGUGUCAUCUCGUCGGGUAUUUCUCCAAGGAGAAGAACUCGUUCCUGAACUACAACGUGUCCUGUAUCCUGACGAUGCCACAGUUCAUGAGGCAGGGCUACGGCAAAAUGCUCAUCGACUUCAGCUACUUGCUGUCAAAAGUGGAGGAGAAAGUGGGUUCUCCUGAGCGACCUCUGUCUGAUCUGGGUCUCAUUAGCUACAGGAGCUACUGGAAAGAAGUGCUGCUGCGCUACCUGCAUAACUUCCAGGGCAAGGAGGUCUCCAUUAAAGAGAUCAGCCAGGAAACGGCCGUGAAUCCCGUCGACAUCGUCAGCACGCUGCAGUCACUUCAGAUGCUGAAGUACUGGAAAGGAAAGCACCUGGUCUUAAAGAGACAGGAUCUGAUAGACGAAUGGCGGUCCAAAGAGAUGAAGCGUGGCAGCGGCAAGACGAUCGACCCUGCAGCACUGAAAUGGAGUCCGCCUAAAGGGACCUAAUGGACAUCGGCACCUAACACUCCCUUCUUCACACUGUAGUGCUCACUGUUAGAGUCUGUAUAAGGAACUAGUGCACGCUUAGGUUCAAACGUGUUACAGAAAAAAGUAGCAGAUCAGUGUUUUCCGGAUCCUGCCUUCCUGCUGAAAAGCACAGAUGAAUGCGUUUCCUGAGUAUCUCUAACACAACGUCCGUGUGUGUGUGUUUACAGCAGGAAAUCACAAUAAAUUGUGCCAUUUAUAGGAAAAGGUUUGAGAAACACUGAUCAACAGAUUGUCACUGGAUUCUCGCACUCUGUCGUUACUGUCGUAUCAGUUACCUGCGUAUGAAACUAGUGUUCAUGCCGACUUCAGCAGCGACACGUUUUUUUCUCAGCUAACCGGGUUUUUUCACUAUUCACUGAACUAAACAAUGUAGGUCAGGAUUUUAGACGUGCAGUUGUGAAGUGGUAGCUAUACACUCCCGUUAGUGUUAGCGACAUUAACCUCGUUGCUCCAGUGCAAAGUAUAUUUGGUAUAAAAGUGGAACAAUGUGUAAAUUUCAUUCUCAACAAACACUCAUUAGAAUCAGAGACCCUGCACUGCACGUAGUACACCUGGUUCACAUAAUGCAUUGUCAUUAACAAGACGCCUCCCAAUACAUUGUCGACACCGAAACCCCUUUCGAUAUGUUAGGUCAACACCGAAAUCCCACAUUAGGUCAACACCGAAAUCCCACAUUAGGUCAACACCGAAACCCCUUUUGAUGCGUUAGGUCAACACCAAAACCGCUCCUGCACUAUAUGGUUUAGAAACAGAGGAGCAGGAUUGGGAAACACUGUUCUUGACACACAGACUGAAUUCUUACUCUCCAGGCUCUGGUAGUAAUGUUUCUAGCAUAGGAACCUUUUCCUGUUAUUACGGUUUGUCACUGAUGUCAAUUGUGUUAUCAGUCCUGGUUCUGUUGUGCACUUUAGUUGGUCUUCCUGCUCUAACGCACCCUUAGGAGGAUAAAAUGAGCAAAGAUGCACAAAAUUGUGCAGUACUGUACAACAUUUGAGACAUUCCAUGCGUGCCAGCUGCUGAUAUGCUAACGUUAACGCUUAGAUGAGUGCGUCCUGAAUUGGCCCGAUUCAUCUCAUCAGCUUAUUUAAACACCUUUCCUAAGAGUGUUAGUGCAGGAAAACGCUAAAGUGUGCAAUACAGCGGGAAUCGCAAACAUGUCCACACGUAGCUAAUGCUUUAACAGGAGCAGUGCUGCCUUUAUUCUGACUUUACGACCGAAAUAGCAGCUAAUCGCCGUAAAUGUGAAACGUGGUAGAAAAUGUGGGAUGACAGCCACCACUCACUGUCUCAUCCUGUAACUUAAAGGAGACGUUGAGUCAAAAAUAAAACGUCCACGGUGUUCAUCUUACCUCAAAUACUGUUGAUCGUGAUCAUCUACAAGGAGCGAUGCUCAAAGGCUUAUUAGCCUGAAUGAAUGACUGACUGUCACAUUCUCACAGUGUUAAUUUUAUUGAUGUAAAGUAUUCAUCAGUGGCCUUGACUUUGGUUAGAAAACAUAAUUUGGCUGACUGACUACAUCUAGGGUAAGAGGGACAAGGUGUUUGUUUUAUUUCUGCUCCAGCUGUCCUUUUAAAUUAACUUUUAUUUGCUAUAUUAGAUUGUGUGAUUGUGUGUGUGAGCGAGAGAGAGAGGGGUCUCUGUGCUCCUGUUCAGUACCUUGGUUUUGUUUUUGGUCAUGAAAAGGUACUGAGUCAGUGUUAAUAAUGGUUAGAUCAACUAAGCUACACUAACACGUGGACCUUCUGGAUAACUUAUAGCUAUUUAUAUUGUAACAGUGGAUCAGUAUCGUGCUGAUACCACGAUCAUCGACAAUAAUUAUUUAAUAAAUUUAUCUUGCUCAAAUUCUGAAUUUUGUUACUUGUACAGGAGUUCUACCACAUACCCCAUAUUAAUAAUUAAUUUAUUUUAUUAUCAUUGACCCAAAUAGUAUAAUUCUGACUUUUUAAGGACAAAAAAAUGCACCUAUUUUGUAAGCUAAUGAGUUAAGUGGCAGCUUUAGGUACAAGCUCUGACUGAUCUCCUGAGCCAUUUAUGUCCUGUGUCAGGUGUGUGUGUGAAGAGAUGUAGAAUAAAAUCCCUCACUUCCUCUCACCCUUCAUGAUGCACUAUAAGCACCCCUGCAUGGUCCUGAUGUCAGCGUGCAGUAUUUAAUCCCACUUCCUUCCAAAUAAACUGAACACUUCAAAAACC